CUUUCGGAGGAUCUGUGGCCAAGCGGUUCGUAGUCUGGAUGUGGGAGUAAUGGAAACGCAAAUCAUUUCACGCCAGGAUUCAGUUGCCAUGGAGAAAGAUAAAACAUGGGAGAAAGCGGCGAAAGUCUCUUUCAGGAAGAGACUAACGAAGUAUCUGUACAGCUACCCACUUUUAAUGGCUAUCAGCAUUCUUUCCAUAGCGGACGCUGGGUGUGUAGUAGGGGAAGUGUUGAUUGAUUUAACUCUAACCAAUGGAAAAACGGAGGCAGCAGAGUCUUACGUGACUUCCAUUCGUCAAGCUCUGUAUGACAGGUUUCCACACUUAAAAAGCAGAGCUACAGAAAGCGUCUCAGAUUUAAUCCGCAAGAUUAGCAACAUCCACUGCCCACGACCAACCACGUCUGAGAGCACCGUUAGUCACGCCCCGACCCAAACCGAAGAACCUGGCGUCUUGUAUUUGAAUGUGCUGACAGGAUCACUUUCAAAACAGGCAGUCCCCGGGCAGCCUAGCAAUUGUUCACUACCUGGUGAUACUGACCAAUGCCCCCAUGCCCUCGAACAUGUCUUGAAAGAAAUCGGCCACGUAUUGCAUAUGCUGAGUCUUUUUAUUCUGUCAAGUAUUGUUUUUGUGCACUGUUUGAGAAUAAUAGCAACAAAAAGAAGAUUCUUUCAGUAUAAGUUUCAGGUAUUUGAUGCUGCCGUGGUCACCAUUUCACUUGUGUUAGACUUGGCGUUUCUGAAAGGUAUUUGGUCUGACGAUACCGGGGAGGCAGCAGUAUUAGUGCUUGUCUUAGUGCCGUGGAGGGUGAUAAGAAUUGUGAACAGUAAGUGA